AUUUAAAUUGUUGCAAUCUUCACAAACUGCGUAAAGGUAUUUUUAACAUACGUUUUGCUUUUAUUCAUUUAUUUGCGAUGACAGAAACUAGUUUGACCUCCAUACCCAGGAUGCACCUCGCUCUUGCCAUCUUGUCGAGUGGUAGAAGAGCGGCAGGCAGCAGUUAGCUGCCCGUUAGCUUACUGCCGCUGUGGUAAAGUGGUUAUCUGUCAGCUAGCUGCUAGCAGCAGCUGCAUGAACUGAGCUAUCCACACGGCGAGAGGCAUAACUUCAGCCGCUUUGAGACAUCUGCCGCUUCCGUCGCUGGAUUAUAUUCUUUUUGAACUCCCCGUGGAUUUGUUUACAUUAUGAUGUCGCACACGCUGGUGCUGAGGUUAAACUAACCUUAGCUAACAACUGCUAACUUAGCUAGUCGGCAAGAAAUACAGACCUUACUGAGAGAAAAGAGUGGGCUGGGGACCGGGCCCAGCUCAGACUAAAGUACCGGUAGGAGCUGCCGAACAAGAACUUUGACAACGGCCUGAUUGCAACUCCGCUGCCGGGACACAAGGAAGGCCGACGGGGUGUUCCAGAGGUCGGAGGAGGAGCGCUGUGCUCAACCGUGUUCAGUGACCGGGACACCGCGGAGCGUUUCUGCGGGUUUGCCCUCGAUUGUGACACUUUUCUCCGCUGCGAGACAGGAAGAGGAACGCUAUGGAAAAGUCCUGUGACGGUACGUGUCUGUGUCAUAUCCCUCAGCUGUGAGCUACUUCGCAAGACAUUAGUCCUACACUCGGUUUCAUCUGGGAGCAGCGGACGGGCUUGACGCGAACAGUCAACAUGUCGAAAAUGCCAGCAAAGAAGAAAAGUUGUUUCCAGAUCACGAGUGUGACCCAGGCUCAGGUGGCGGCCAGCAGCAUCACUGACGACACCGAGAGCCUGGAUGAUCCGGACGAGUCCCGGACAGAGGACGUGUCGUCGGAAAUCUUUGACGGUCCUCGCGGCGACCAGGGGGUGUGUGACGGGAGCUCAUCGGAGGAAACCUUCAACAACGUGGGGGAGUCUCAGGGGGGCCACCCGCCUGUCACCGCUCCCGUCAAUGGAGGGCUAUCGUAUAAAAGUAAAGGCACCCCGCAGAUUUUAGGAGGAAUCAAUUCCGCGGCAACGACGGCGCAGCCUUUGGUUCCAGCUUCAUCCACCCAUCCCUUGACAGUCACCAGCACGGUCCCUGCGGCCACUGUCUCCCCCAGUGUGGCUUCCACUGCUCCCACUAGCACCAGCUGCAGCUCCCGUUUUAGGGUCAUCAAACUUGACCAUGGUACUGGAGAGCCCUUCAGACGGGGCAGGUGGACUUGCAAUGAGUUCUAUGACAAAGAUUCAGAUUCAAGUGUUAAUCGUGCUGUGGAUAGUAUGAAGCCAACUCUAACCCUUGACCACAGUAUAGACAGGGAAAGUGGGCCUGGGGCCACAACUAACUCUGUAAUCACUAGCUCUACGUUUUCUCCUCAUGCUGUGGAGAACUCCACAGACAGCAGUUACUCUGCCGGACAUCUCCCACACCCUCACCCUUCAGACCCUCUGCAGCCAGGUUACAGCGUGGCUCCUCAGAUAGGGAGUGGAGCAAGUGCCUUUCAGCCCCCAGGGUAUACAACGACUGUAUCGCAGCAACCACAACAGGUUGUGCAGCCUGUUGCUCCCCAGACCUUUCUUUCAAACAGCCUCAAUGGUGUGCACCAAGGUGCCAUACCACAGAAGUCUCACAACAUGCCUCCUGCUACGCAGCCCCAGCAGUUUGUGUAUUCUGCUCAUAACACUGGCCUUCCAGCUGGCCAACCGGACUUAAGUCAGCAGCACUUUGGCUCCAGCACGCAAAACCUUCCUAUGACUUCUCUUCCUCUGGGACCUGCAGCCAGCCAGGUUCCCUCGUCUCUAAUCAACCCUUCUGGUCCAGGUGCCCAGGGGCUGGGUGGAGACACAGCCUCAGCUGGGGGCCUGCUGCAACAAGUGGGCAAUGCAACAGCUGGGGCCCCCAUCAGUGGCCAACAGCAGCCUGUCAGCCAGCCUCAGCCUUCAGGGGGGUUGGGUAUCAACCCUGCACCUUCCGUCACCACCACCCCACACAGCAGUGUCCAGAAUGUGCCUGCCACAGUGCCCAUUGUCACCAACAUCUCUCAAGGUGUGCCAGGUCAGGCACCUGGUACAGGAGGACUUCAGCCUCAAGGAGCCCAUGGUGGAGCAACAACAGGUGUUCCCCCUGGCUUAAGCAACCAUACAGAAGAUAGUGGGCAGACGUCUGAUGCCCUACCUCAGCCCAAUGCCGGUGUGGUGCCACGGAAAGAUGGUGUAAAGCCUUUCUUCAGUGAGGGCCUCAACCUACCAGCCCCCGCGGUCAAAAGCCUGCUUGACAUCAAUAAUAUUGGUGUGGAUGUGGAUGAUGACAGUCUCAGAAGAAGUGAACCAGUGUGGGCUUUGUGGACAUACAGUCAACAGCAUGAAGUGUGAUGACAGGUUCAUGCAGAGUUUUCACACUCUGGACACUUCAUCUAAUGCUCUGCCACUUUGCCACAGGGUCAGACAAAAAACUCCAUGGUAGACAAUGGAAAAUAUUUUGCUACCACUUCCUGUGCUGUUGAUGAGUUAACCUCAGCUGAUGAAUCACAGCUGGGCCCAGAAAGGUCAGUGCAUUGGCAUCUUAUCAGGAUUCCAACAAACAUUGUCACAAUCUGAACGUGCAUAGCAAAACUGUUCCUGGGUGUGAGAGGCCUCUAGUUGGGUGAUUGCAAAAGGGCAUCCAUUAUAGAUUCUCUAGUCAAUCUUUGGUCCCAUCAAUGUCAAAAGCUGUAUAGUGUGACUUUAAGAGACUCUUAUCCAGUCCUUUUAGUGUGACUGUCAUAAUAAUAAUAUAGGAUCUUUGUUGCAGUGAGUGCUCUGUAUCACUCUAAACCAGAUAAAUGUUAAGGUCCUUGGCAAAGGAUGUGGCUGAGUCUGACCUCCCUCUAACCAGUGAACCAAGCUCUGGUGCCAGAGUGACCAUGGGGGAAGUUCUGUCCAGGCUGAUGGCUUCCACUGUAAUCAUGGAAUAACUCUUACACUUUAUGUUCAGCAGAACACUUUAGAUUGAGCAAAGUUGCAGUUAGGGCAGUAUAAUGGUCAAAGACACACCCAGUGUAUGGUAUGCGAAGGGAGGUGGUUGUGAUUUGUCACAGGAAUCUGCUACUGCUUUGUCUGCGUGGAGAUAUGAACGCUUGGGCAUCCAACAAUACAGACCUGAGAUCUAGAGCUGGAGUCAAAACAUUGAAGUAAUAGUUACAGGUAAUAUUAAUUCUGGUGUUGUGUGUGUGUGUGUGUGUGUGUGUGUGUGUGUGUGUGUGUGUAUAAUAAUAAUAAUAAUAAUAAUUAGGUAAGGUUACAUUGCAUUCUCAGAUCAGGCUUCUGUUUGACACCAGAAAAACUGAGUGGAGAGUGACAGGCCGGUGUUGUUAUUGAACAGCUGACAAGCCUUGACAGCCACAGAGCUAAGGGUCUUCAAGGCAGAGUUCACAUUCAUGCUACAGAAACAGAUUGUUUAACCUGCUCAGUCGAUGAACCUCAGCUUUGAGCGGCCAGGGUGGCUCUGUACAUACACACUGAUGCUUUCAGCGGCCACCCAGCUCUAAGAGCCACCCCACAUUCUGAAUUAUACUGACUCAUCAGAGCUCAUGUUAACAAUUAUGUGUAACCCGAGCAGAAAUUAACACCCUUCGCUUAGGAGGGUGCGUAUAUUAGUGUGACAUAUUUGCACUCAUCUUUCUCUGACUUUACAUGUUUCUUUGCUGAAGUAAGACAUUUAACAUCUCUUAACCUUGAGCUGUGAUCUUGGUUAUCUUUUCCAAUAAUAGCAACCAACUUGAAACUUCUUGUCCUGCGUGCUUUGUCCUCCUAUAGGAGAAUGGGUGGGGUUGUGUGUUGUGUUUUCAGCGGUGGUUAGCUGCACAGCUGGGAGGUUUGCCUCAUGACUGCAGGCUUGGGCCCCUGCAGAGGGUCACAUCCCUGUUUGCCACUGAGCCUUUUGCCAUCUCUCCCACGACAUCUUCUAAUCGCUCCAAUAUGAGACCAACCUCUACUGCUGGGUCAUGUCUCAUCCCACAGGCCAGUUUAUUUAGCCUUCCCCUAAUUGAAGUGAAACAGUGACAGAACAUUGGAGUUGUGUGAAAUGAACAGGAAGUGUGUUUUGUGUAGCAAACAUGACGAUUACCUAGGACGGGCACUGUGCGGUUACAGUUGCAGGGAUACGGUGUGCUUAAUUUAAUGUGCAUGCAGGAACAUCUAGACCUGUUCCAAAAAACAAGUUGUACUUCAACUUGUUCGUUGCGUCGUUCUGACUGACAGAAUGGUGCUAAUAUCUGUUGGCUGUUUGGAUGUAGACACAGGUUUUGUACUUUGACUAAACGCAGCCUCACUCGGAUCACCUGCGGGAGCAUGUGUUCGUUCAGGCCCCGUUUGGGCCUUGAAUGGGGUUUACAGGCUUAGCCUUCCUUGAGACUUUAGUUCUUCGCCUUGUGUGUUGUCUCAUGAUUAUUAACCUGUCAGAGCACAGUGAAGUCUAUAGGCCUACUUGUUUUCAUAGGUUCCCGUUCCACACGUUGGUUACACUUGUCACAUGUAAUCGUUGCUAUAAUAGUGUGUCCGUAAAUACUGUUGUUUCUAAGAACACUGUCAUCAUUUAUCGGAUUAUGUAAUGUCCUAAAUCUUUGAUACUGCUGCACGUAGUUCUGCACGCUGGAGUUCACAGGCUCUUUACAUGUGAUAAAUGGCUGCGAUAUAACUAAAGUGGAGUUUUAUUGACAUAAGUUCUAGCUGCUAAAUCCCCUGUCAAGCACAUGUCAUGAGACCAGGGAACGGCCUCUUAGAUCUGGCAGUUUGGUGUCACUUACCUUCAGGCAGCUCACCCAAUGUCAGACAAAUCUUUAUUCCAGAAAACUGCUCUGAAACUUUGGAAUCUAACCUGAAUCCUAAUACUAAUAUACAGUUUCGAGAACUGGGUGACAGUGGACAGUUACUUUAACUUUAUGAGCUUGAUUGGCAUUAGCUAUAGAGUACUAGAAGAUGAGAACAUAUGGCAGGCAUGAAAAAGUCUGCUGAGACUUUAAUUCUACCUGGAGCAAGCCUGAGUUGGUGGUGGGUCAGUGAUGGAAUGGAGAAGCUGUGUGUACCUGUGGUAUAUGUACAUUAGUCUGGAUUCAAUGGGAAAAACCUCGUACAUUUCUCUUUACAGAAGCUAAAGGAGGUUCAGGUGGGAUCGCACGUCAAGCCUCUUAGUGCCUGACUUUCCUUGUCUCUAUUUCCUCCAUUUAAAGCUGUAGCUCCUCUCUGUUACAUCUGCCUGCCUCUCCUUUGACCGAUGAACUCAUCACACAUACAAACUUCCCGUGUCCUGUAUAAAACAAGGUAUUUGGGCUUGUUUAAAGAGCCAAGUUGACAGUUGCUGUGUUGUUGUGUGUUCUUUGCGAGCUAAACUUGCAGUGUCUAAAUACCACACCACUGCAUGAGGAAACUCAACAGUUUGAGCUGCUGUUCAGUGGGGUGUGGCAGAGAUAAAUCUGUCAUGGGCUCAGAUAUGGAAUCUCUGUUGUAAAUCACUCCUGACAGUCAACCGGUACAGUAGUGGAUGGUUAACCUCACUUUUCUAGUUGUGUAAAUGGAUUCCUCCUCCUGCCUGCUUUUGUUUUUCAGUCCCCCGGGGUGUUGUAUAUUGUGAAACUGCCCAUUUUGCAGUUUGUAGGCCUGUUCGUUUUUACUGUCUGAAAACCCUCCCAAGAAAGUUUUAUGUUCAGAGUGCAGACGACAGGCUGACUGACACAAGCAUGAACCACCCAAAGCAUUCAAUCGUCCAAACUCUAACAGCAAUUUACUUGCCCUGUUUUUCGAACAGCAGGGGUUUUCACUGUAUUUAUUUAACUGUUUUACUAUGUGUUUAACAAUGGGCAUGUUAGUUAUCAAAACUGAAAACAAUAUAGCAUUAACUGAACGUACAGAAACUUUAAUAGUCUGUAGACUCAGAAUAGUUAUUUCUACAUGGAACCUUUCUGCAGUUCUAUAUUAGGCAUGGUAGUAGUAGAAAUAGAGGAUUAAUACUACAGUGACAGAUUUCUGGGCAGUGGCGGAGCUGUAUUUCUGGAGGUGGCCUACAUUUAGUGCUUGUUUACAUGCUACGCCUUGGCUGGAGUGUUGUGUCAAUUCUGAGAUCAAAAUAGUAAAUGAUAUAGAAAAUUCUAGUUUUACAGAUUAUUAUUAACACUAAGUAGAGAAUUCAGUUUUAAUAGUAGAUAUUAAUAAUAGCUCAACAUUGACUUCCUGUCCCACUCCUGGGCUUUUAAUGUACCAGUAGAUAAGGGGAGAUAAUAUGAAUAAUAAUCAUGUUUAAAAUAUAUUUUUCUACAGUGAGACUGCAUGCGGAUAAAGAGACAAGGUCUCCAUACAGUUGGCUGAUAUGUGUUGGUGGUCUUUGUAGAUACCCACAGACCCCAAUUUGAACGAGAUCUUGCUACAUCUUGUAAUUUUUGAAUAAAGCAAACUGGGUUUUAUCAAUAUUUCCGUUGAGCCAGGGUAUUUCUCUACUCAUUAACAUCCUCUCAAAACAUGUUCCCCUCUCUCUCUCACUCGUCAGACUAUAUGCUCUCUUCUUUUACUCAUGUUUCUCCUGUCUCUGUUUCCUCCUC